AUCUAUUGUCUGAGAACGCGGAGAAGAACAGUUGUAAACGGAGCGCGUGCUAGGAGAAAGACGCAGAACUGGGAGUAAGCGUGCACCUUUCAGCACCGACACUGUGGAUAGCAGCCAACAGAAUAGACCGGACAGACGUUGACCAGCUAUUAACCUCGGUUAUAACUAGCCACCACAUUUUUGUGUGUUUAUACAGUCGUACUGACUGCCGUGUUCCUCGGAUAACUUAGUUGAAACAGCGAUUCAUCGAGUGGAGGAUUUGAGACGCAAUCGCAGGAGCUUUGUUUGCCCCAAACGGGCAAAAGUAAGGAGCUAGCUAGCAAAUCUUAGCCUCUCUGCUCCCAAGUUAUUGGCAGUGAAGCCAUUUCAGAGCAAUUUAGACAGUAGUCAUUCAGUGGGAUCUUGAAUCGGAUGAGACCGGUACUAACUGCCUGCCAAUGAGGGGAAACAAGAGGGACGACGAAUUAAUAGAUUCGGUUUCACUAUAGCUGCAAACAACCGCUCUACGUGGUCUUGCUUCCCUCAGCCACAUUAUAGUUGUUCGUGUAGCUGCACUCCAUUGUGUGUACAUCUUUGUGCAAUUCGGUUAUUCCCGUCGCCCGAUCCCGCGCUCUCGCACGCCCGCCGCCCCCUCACCCACAGCCUGUGUAUUCACUCCAAUUCUAAAUCAACACCACAAAAUUCGAUAAAAUGUGUUCUCGGGUUUGGUUUGUGACCGACCGGCGCAUCCACCAGGAGUAUCCUCAAGUCCAAAUCCUUCGUGCACUGAAACAGCGCUGCGCCGAAGAUGAUGUUGAAUUCCGCUCUCUUCUCAUGGACCAAAUUGUGCUCACCAUCAGCGAUGGACAAUUAGGUCUGCGGGUGGAGCAGGAGGUGGUGACCUCCUAUCCCCAGGUGGCGGUGGUGCGUGUGCCCACGCCGUGGGUGCAGUCGGACAGCGACAUCACCGUCCUGCGGCACCUUGAGAAGAUGGGCUGCCGGCUGGUCAACCGUCCUCAGGCCAUCCUCAACUGCGUCAACAAGUUCUGGACCUUUCAGGAGCUGGCCGGGCACGGGGUGCCUCUCCCUGACACCUUCUCCUACGGAGGCCACGAGAACUUCCGCAAGAUGAUCGACGAGGCGGAGCCGCUGGGCUACCCCGUGGUGGUGAAGAACGCACGCGGCCACCGAGGUAAGGCGGUGUUCCUGGCCAGGGACAAGCACCACCUGUCGGACCUGAGCCACCUGAUCCGCCACGACGCCCCCUACCUGUUCCAGGAGUACGUCAAGGAGUCCCACGGCCGUGACGUGCGGGUGGUGCUGGUGGGGGGCCGGGUCAUCGGCUCCAUGCUGCGCUGCUCCACCGACGGACGCAUGCAGAGCAACUGCUCCCUGGGCGGCGUGGGCAUGAUGUGCCCUCUGAGCGAGCAGGGCAAGCAGCUGGCCGUGCAGGUGUCCAACAUCCUGGGCAUGGACGUGUGCGGCAUCGACCUGCUGCAGCUCAACGACGGCUCCUUCGUGGUGUGCGAGGCCAACGCCAACGUGGGCUUCAUCGCCUUCGACCAGGCCUGCGGCAUGGACGUGGCCGGCAUCGUGGCCGACUACGCCCUGUCGCUGCUCCCCAGCCGCCUCACGCGCAAGAUGUCCCUGCUGUCCGUGGUGUCCAGCACCAGCGAGACCAGCAGCGAGCCGGAGGUGUGCGCCGUGUGCCCGGCGCCCAGCGGCGUGGGCGUCCUGCCGGAGGCGGCGUGCAACAUGAGCGUGGGCUCCACCUCCUCCGAGAGCGACCCCGAGCUGGCCGAGUCCUCCCCGCGCCAGGCCGCCGGCUCCGCCCUCCCCGACCUCCCCGACCCCGCCUACAACUUCAACACCAUCCUCGCCAACGAGAUCAAACUAUUGACUGAGUGAGCGGGGAUUGGCCAUGCUCACACACGCGCACACACACCACACAGAUGUAUAACACAGAGAUAUAACACACACACACACACUGCAACGGACAUUCCUGUUACACAGACACACACAAGCACACAGCAAACCUCCUAUACACGUAACACAGGCAGGAUGUUACAUGCAGAUGUUACAUGAGCUGCAUGAGCUGAACAAACAAAACACACAAAACAGCGACACACGAACAUGCCAUGACCACCAAAACUGACAUAACUACCAACAGAUGUAGACGCACGCUCCUUCUCAUACUAACUACUCGCCCUCCUUGUCCCCACUCCCCCACCCCAUGUAAACGCAGAGAUCUGAGGCUGCUCCCCUGAACUGCACACGGACCUCCCCCCCUCCUCCACCACCCACCUCCCUCACAACGAAAGUUUACACGCUGCAUUUUGGUGGCAGAGGUGGAACACAGAAUGUUAGCUAGCUAGCUGAAUUUGGCAGUUCCCCCUCCCCCCCACACACACACACCUCUAUUGCUUUGUGGGGUUCAGUUGAGCCAGGGGGUUGCGGGACUCAUCCAUCACACCAGCAUGUAGACCAGCGCAACGUGGUUCGAUCUAAUCCAGCUCAACACACUCCCGAGUCCGGGGUAGGGGGAGGAGUUGGGUGGCGUACAGUAGCCAGGGGGACAGCUGAUUGGAAGUUGCAUGAAGUUUUUUUGCAAGUGAUUUUCUCCAUGAAGAGAUGAGCGGGGAGGAGGAGGGGGCGGGGGGGAUAAGAGACAGAUUGUUAAGUGGACUGCUAGUCAGUGUUGAUUCUAAUGUAUAAGAUGAGGUGUAGCGGUUUCUAGGACGGAUUCAAGCUUGUGCAAGAGGGGGUGGACUCUGUUGCAAGGUGUGUGGUGGCAUAGGUCCUGUAGAGGUUUGGACUCUGAACAAGCCCUCUGAAGAAACACAGUAAUGUCAAUCCAAGUUACACAAACUUAAAAGAGCACAACAGGUGCUUGGAUUCUUUUUUAUUUUAUUCAUGUUUUUAGUGGCUAGCGUUUCGUUAGCUUUUUAGAAUACAACAAACAGUAGUUAUCGGCCGGACUAUUAUUGCCCAAAAUGCUGUUUUUUUUUUACCUUCAUUUGAAAUAAAGCACUUUAUAAUAAACAGAUGAAUUGCAUGCUGGGAACUUGGCUACGUUGGGUAGGAUGUGGUUGGAAAGCUGCCACUACACCUACAAGCAGAAUAUACCUCAGAACAAACCGAACUUCUCUCACUGCCAUAGAAAACUGGUCCUGCAAGCAGUCAUUCAUCCAGCGUCGUGGUCGUUUCAAAUGAGCCUGGGUUUUAAAAGCUUUCUCUCAUAUCCUGUUAAUAGUUGACAUCUGAGUGUGUCGUUUGUGAAUGAUAAUGUAGCAAUCUUUACGCUGGCUAGACUGGUUGAUUAGUAAUGGCUGAACUAACUGCUACCUUCCUCAACUUAAGUAUUUUGAGAAGCGACAGUAUUGUGUACAAUUGGCUUAUACAGAACUGCAAAUAUUGAAAAUAAAGUAUGAACAAAAAAAAGGUUUUUAGAACUUUUCUGAAUUCGUCUGAAUGUAGUUUGAAACAAAGACAAAGAUGUUUUCUCCU